AUCGUAAAAUGUUAUCUUAGAUGAUAUCAUUUAAUCUCUAAUUCGUAAUAAAACAUAAAAGAUGAUUUGAACAUAGAUAACGAGAUAAAAACAAUUUGUUAAAAAUAAGCAUUUAUAAAAAAAUAAUAAAAAAACAAUAACAGAAAAAGUUUUUACAGCUAACAUGAUCAAUUCAUUAAAUUGAAGAAAUGACAAUAGCUGAUUCCAAAAAGUCCGAUAUUUACUCAAUUGCGAACAAGUCAAAUGGUUCACGAGUUCAUACUGAGCUAUUGAGAUUAGAUGUUGGUAAGUUCAACCAAAGGCUUGAAAAUGCCCGAAAUUUGGCUAAAAAUUCCUUGCAAAUUGAAACAGAAAAAAACGAUGUUCGAAUUCGUCGUCGAUCUCGUUCAAUUGGUUGUUUACUUGAAAAAAUUGAUCAAUCAGAAAAUAACGAUAUUUUUAAUAAUCAACAAAAUCUUUUAAAAUCAAAAAAAAAAGUAAUCAAGACUACGAAAAAAGGGGAAGAAGAGAGCGAACAAAAAGUUGUAAUCAAAAAGAAAAAUAUAGCAACCAACGAACAAGAAGGCUUAUGUCUGUCAUCAUUACAGUUAUCGAAUGAUUUGAUUGAGCUACCGAUUCAAACAUAUGAAAAUGCAUCUUUCUCCGAAACCUCUUCAUUAUCUUCUUCUAUAGAAUUUGAGCUUAAUGCAAUUGAAAGUAUGAGAUUAAAAAACAGAAGAAAUGGAGUUGUUAUUAAUGCGUUUGAGAAACCAAAAAAGCAUCGCAAAACUCACUUUCAACUGAGAAAGUUUUCAUUGCAGAAUAUUGGAACUAAACAGACAAAACGAGUUCGUUGUUCUGUUCCUACCAAAGAAAACAUAAAAAGUUUAUCUGAGAACGAUCAUUUCUCUAAAAUGUUACCGGGAAUAUUUUAUUCAGGUAUUGGUUCAUUUCAAACAAUUUAUAAUGAAAAAUCGAAAAAAAAAAAUGACGAUUUAAAAUGUCAAUCUGAUUCUGAAACAAAACAUUUCAUGCAGAUAAAGAAAACUACGUCUCCGAGAAAAGGAUCGUUUUAUAAUAAUGAUAAUUUACCGAAUGAACCCAAAAAUGAAUAUAAGAAAAGUCUUCAUGUCAAUUCAAUUAUUUUAAAAAAAGGUUUAAGUAGAUCUUUACCCUCGAAUCUAAACAACGAAAAACUUUGGCUUGAUGACACACAUCACGAAUUACCCAAAAAAAGAGAAAAUUUUCAUAAAUGUUCAAUAGUGAGUUGCGGAGAUAAAGAAGGCAUUCUAGAAAAAUCUAGUUAUGAUGAUUUCAAAUUUAUUGAAUUAGAAAAGUUUAAAAUUGUUAUUGCUCAAAACCCUCUUAGUAACGAAACCAGUGAUUUUAUAAAAAAGAACAUCAGCCAUUCUUCUGCAAGUAUUGAUUUAGCAUUCUUUCAAAACCAAAAAGGAAAAAAAUGUCGAGUUAGAAAGUAUUUUUUUAGCUUUUUUAAAACCAAUAUGGAAUCAAAGUUAGUAUCGUAUCUUAGUAAUAAAAUUUAUGAACCAGAAGAAGUUGGAAAUUGGUGUCGAGAGUUAAGCGAAUCAAUAAAAAAUCAAAUAAUUCAUGUCACAGGAGAUGCGUAUAAGGUAACUUGCCAAAUUUUUAUCAGCGCUGUAUAUGAUAAAGGUGCUCAUAUUGCCACACAAUCUUCGCAUAAUAGUUUUACUGAUUAUCUUUUUACUGCAACAUACCGCGGAGAAGAACUUUUUGCAUUAGCAACAGCUGCAGUUGUAAUCAACAGUUGACUUUUUGUUAACGAUUCUUACUAAAAAUCAAAUUUAUUACCAUUAUUAUGGAAGAAGUAACAUACUAGAAAUUGAAA